ACCCCAGCCUUUAAAAAAAAAAUUUGAAGAGAGAGAAACACCACCACCAAAGAUUUUGGGGGAAGGGAGAGAGUCCCUUGUACGAUUCUCUCUCCUCUUCGUAGGGGUCUUGUAAAAUUCUUCUUCUAAGAGAAGCGAGAAGGAGAUUUCUAGACCCCUUUUAAGUUUUAAGCUUCUCUUUUGGUUUGCUUCUCCACCGAGAGAAAGCAUUGAGGAAUUCUUUGAUAAUGGCCGUCAUCAGUACUUUCGAUCAGUGGCAGAAGGAUGUUUUCUUCUCGGCGGCCGAGGAGGUCCAAGAAUCGGCCGAUACAAUGGAAUCAACGUAUAGGAUGUGGGUUAGAGAAAGAAAUGAUGGAAUUUAUCCUGAAUUUUUGGAUGAGAUGCGAAAAGAGCUCCAUACUACUCUUGGCACAGCAAAAUGGCAGUUGGAGGAUUUUGAGAGGGAAGUUAGUCUAAGCCAUGAGAAAUAUCCUUCAGAGGAGAACACAAUCACGAGGCAUAGAGAAUUCAUAGCUGCGAUACGAAAUAAAAUAUCUCAUAUAGAGGAUGAAAUCAAUGAUUCACUUCUUCAAGAAGGAAGGCAACCGCUUCGAUGGAUUCAAUUAGACGAGAAAGAAAGAGAUGAUUUUGAAAAUUUUCUUUCUAUAUCUCCACAGAACUUACAUGGAAACAAGGGGAAAAUUCCCAGCCAUGAAUCUGCUCGAGGUUUUAAGGAAACCGUGACAAUCAGUAAGGAUAAGUAUUUAGUGGAAGUUUCAGCAAAACAACAUCUUGGCAACCGAGAUGAAGUGCUAGUGCAAGAAGAGAAUUUAGAUGAGCAAAGGAAAGGAGGAAGCUCACCAGAUUGGAGAAUUGUAAUCGCUGACGAGGAGGAUCCAGAUAAAAAGUUAGUUAAAAGUAAGCAAGAGAUGAACAAUCGAGCAUCUGGUUUCUGGGGUUUCCUUAGAAGUGUUGAAACCAAAGCCAAGUUAACGUUGUUUAGAAAUAGCUUUAGAAAGGUCAAGAGUGGGGAGCACAUUCAGACAGAAAAUGGGUUCUCAAACUAUCUUGACUUGAAGGGAAUUUCCUUGUUGGAGCAGGGAGCAAAUGGGUUAAGUGAAAGAAGCAGAAAUUGUUUCGGUAGUUGCAAGGAAAGUCCUAAAGGCUCAAGUGUGCAACAAAUUGGAAGAGUCGGUGGAUUGCAACGGCAUUUUCAGGGUUCUCAAUAUAAUAACCGUUCCCUUCGCAUCACCUUGUUGCUAGUGCUAACUGUCUUCUUUAUUGUACCUUUUGUUUUCUAUUCAACUUAAAGUGACUCCUCUUCCAUGUUGUUGGCGGUAACAUACAGUGAAACAGGGUUCCGCAAGUUGGAAUUGAGGAGAGCUUGGAGGAGUGGAUUUUCCAAGUGAAAGCCCCAAAUUAUUACAAUGAAGUUUUUUUUUCUCCCUUUCUUCAUGAGAUAUUUCGUGGUCAGGCACUCCCCCAGUAUCUGAGGAUUCAAUCUCAUGAAAAGAGCAUCCAUAGAGAUCAUUGUAACAUUUUAUUGCUUACAUGUAUACAUACAAAAUGCAACAAGCUUGUGCUUGACCUUUUUCUUUUGUUUUUCUUGUUCUUUUUCUUUUUAAAAUUUGUUCGAGAAUAUGAGGUGAUUGCGAUCGAGGGGA